AUGUCGGGCGAGGACGGGGCGUGCCCGGGGGCGGCGGCGGCGGCGGCCCGCGAGCGGCGGCGGGAGCAGCUGCGGCAGUGGGGGGCGCGGGCGGGCGCCGAGCCGGGCCCCGGGGAGCGGCGCGUCCGCACCGUGCGCUUCGAGCGCGCCGCCGAGUUCCUGGCGGCCUGCGCGGGCGGCGACCUGGACGAGGCGCGCCUGAUGCUGCGCGCGGCCGGCCCCGACCCCGGCGCCGAGCCCGACCCCGCCGCGCCGCCGCCCGCCCGCGCCGUGCUCGACUCCACCAACGCCGACGGCAUCAGCGCCCUGCACCAGGCCUGCAUCGAUGAGAACCUGGAGGUGGUGCGCUUCCUGGUGGAACAGGGCGCCACGGUGAACCAGGCGGACAACGAGGGCUGGACGCCCCUGCACGUGGCCGCCUCCUGCGGCUACCUGGACAUCGCCCGGUACCUCCUGAGCCACGGCGCCAACAUCGCCGCCGUCAACAGCGACGGGGACCUGCCGCUGGACCUGGCCGAGGCGGACGCCAUGGAGGGGCUGCUGAGGGCCGAGAUCGCCCGUCGAGGUGUGGACGUGGAGGCAGCCAAGCGAGCCGAGGAGGAACUGCUCCUUCACGACACCAGGUGCUGGCUGAACGGAGGCGCCAUGCCCGAGGCCCGGCACCCCCGCACGGGGGCCUCGGCGCUGCACGUGGCGGCUGCUAAGGGCUACAUCGAGGUGAUGAGGCUGCUCCUCCAGGCCGGCUAUGACCCCGAGCUCCGGGACGGGGACGGCUGGACGCCCCUGCACGCGGCGGCCCACUGGGGCGUGGAGGACGCCUGCCGCCUGCUGGCGGAGCACGGCGGGGGCAUGGACUCGCUGACCCACGCGGGGCAGCGGCCCUGCGACCUGGCGGACGAGGAGGUGCUGAGCCUGCUGGAGGAGCUGGCCCGGAAGCAGGAGGACCUGCGGAGCCAGAAGGCGGCCUCCCAGAGCCGGGUCCCGGAGCCCCAGCCGCCCGCCAGCAGCAAACACCGAAGGAGCUCCGUGUGCCGCCUGAGCAGCCGGGAGAAGAUCUCCCUCCAGGACCUGUCCAAGGAGCGGCGGCCGGGGGGCGCCGGGGGGCCCCCCAUCCGGGAUGAGGACGACGAGAAAGAGGAAGGCCCCACAGAGCCGCCCCCUGCAGAAGCCAGAACCCUCAAUGGCGUGUCCUCCCCGCCACCCCCCAGCCCGAAAGGCCCCUCGACCUCCGAGGAGGCCCCCUUCUCCAGGCGCUUCGGCCUCCAGAAGACGGGGAGCUCAGGUGCCCUGGGCCCGGCGGACAGGCAGGGGGCGCAGGGUGCCCCCGGCGCCGGGCUGCAGCGCUCGGCGUCCUCCUCGCUGGUGGAAGGGACCCGGACCGCCACUCAGGCCAAGGAGCCCCGGCUGGCCAGAAUCACCCCCACUCCCUCCCGGAAGGUGCCAGAGCCCUCUGCCCCGACCCCGCAGCCUGAAUCCCCAGGGAAGCCAGCUGCCCCUGCCGCCUCCACAGCGCCCCCAGCGGACACGCGGGACCGCCGGAGGUCCUACCAGAUGCCAGUGCGGGACGAGGAGUCAGAGUCCCAGCGCAAAGCUCGCUCUCGCCUCAUGCGCCAGUCCCGGAGGUCCACACAGGGCGUGACUCUGACAGACCUGAAGGAGGCAGAGAAGGUGGCGGGGAAGGCCCCGGAGCCCGAGAAGUCAUGCCCACAGAGCCUGGACCCUUCCCGGCAGCCCCGCGUCCCCGGGGCUGAGAACCCCGACGGCCCCGCCCAGAGAGUAGACGCGCCCGACGGGCAGGGACCCGGACCCCAGGCCUCCCGGGAGCUCCGCAGAGCUGGCAGGGAGAGGAGAGGGCCUGCAGAGGGGGAGGAGGCGAAGCCCUCGGCCAUCAGCCCGGAAUCCAGCUCUCCCAAGGCCGGCCCUGCCCCCCGGAGGCAGCGGGCCCUCAACCCGGAGCCGCAGCCCGGAUCGCAGGAGCCGGACGGCGGCUUCAGGAAGCUUUACGCGGAGCUGCGGGUGGAAAAUGAGCGGCUCCGUGAGGCGCUGACGGAGACCACGCUGCGGCUGGCGCAGUUCAAGGUGGAGCUGGAGCGCGCCACGCAGCGGCAGGAGCGCUUUGCAGAGAGGCCGGCCCUCCUGGAGCUGGAGAGAUUCGAGCGCAGGGCGCUGGAGCGCAAGGCCGCGGAGCUGGAGGAGGAGCUGAAGGGCCUGUCCGACCUCCGCGCGGACAACCAGCGCCUCAAGGACGAGAACGCAGCCCUGAUCCGCGUCAUCAGCAAGCUGUCCAAGUGA